GUGGCCGCGUUAUUUUUGCCCCGCGGAGCAGAAUCCUGUCUGCCGCUCCGCUGCCUCGCGCCGCUUUGCCCGGAUUCGCUCGUAGUUGCCUGCUUUUGGAAUUAUUCAUAUCGCUUCAUUUUUUUUCUUUUUUUCCCACAAGUUGGUAUCGUUUCUGUUUUGAAACGUAGGUCAGAGGGUCUCGCAGAAUUCGGGUUCGCAGACGGAACCGGGCAGGAUGUCAGGAUCCACAUCAGUCUCUCACGCGCGCCAUCACCGGCGCGCCGAGCGCCGCGUGCAAAGCAGCAAGGUGGAGAAGUCCGUGAGCCAGACUCACCAGUCCAGCAGCCGCGUCUCCUCCGCGCGCUACUCCAGCGGGAUGAAGGCCUCUCUGCACUCCAUGAAGGGGCAGGAGGUGACCCUGAGGGCCCUCCCCCAGAGGGUCAAGCCUUUCUGCCUGGCUGUGGAUGAAGACACCGAGAUCAUUGGCUACGUGGUGCCAGCCUUCAGGACCCGUCAUGCGCUCGUUCAGCAGGAGGCUCACGAGGAGAGCCUGGGGCAGAUCGCCAUGAGGCAGAUGUUCUCCCGACAGACGGAGAGCAUGGAGGUGCAGCAGGUGCACAGGGUGGAGAAGAAGAGCAGGGAGGUGAUGAUAAGGGAGUCCGCCAACCUCAUCACCCUGAAGAGAAAGAUCCUUGAGAAGGAGGAGUUUGAGAGGAAGAUGAACAAAGACAGUCUGACUCACACCCCGGAAUUUAUAGUGAAGCCCAAGUCGUACACCGUGUGGGAGAACCAGACCGUGAAGCUGCACUGCACCGUAGCGGGCUGGCCCAAACCGCGCGUGACCUGGUACAAGAACAAUGUGUGCAUCGACCCCAAAGCUCACCCUGAGAAGUACACCGUGGAGAGCACCUACAACAUGCACUCUCUGGAGAUCAAAAACUGUGCGUUUGAGGACACUGCUCAGUACAGCGCCUCCGCUCUCAACAUCAGGGGCGGGAUCACAGCCGUCUCCUCUGUCGUGGUGAAAAGAUACAAGGAAGAUGUGAUUCUUCAUCCAGCGAAACCACACGGGUUCUGCGCAGAGUUCGGGGUCACGUUUGAGGCCCACAUCAUGGAUAAGUUUUCGGUGUCCUUCGGGAGGGAAGGCCAGACGCUGAGCCUGGGCUGCACCGUGGUGGUUUACCCCACCGUCAAACGCUACCAGCCGGACGUGCUGUGGUAUCGCAACAAUACCCUGCUGAAGCCCUCUAAGUGGGUGUCGAUGCACUGGAGCGGGCAGAAGGCCAGCCUGACGCUGCCGCACCUCAACAAGGAGGACGAGGGCCUGUACACCCUGCGCGUCAACACCAAAUCCGGAUACAACUCCCACUCCGCCUACGUCUUCGUCCGAGAUGCUGAUGUGGAGGUCGAGGGUGCCCCCGUGGCCCCUCUGGACGUGCACUGCCACGAUGUGAAUAAGGACUACGUGGUGGUGACAUGGAAGCACCCGGCAGUAGAGGGCGCCAGCUCCAUCCUGGGCUACUUUGUGGACAGGUGUGAGAUGGGCUCCUCCUACUGGGCCCAGUGUAACGACACGCCGGUGAAGUUUGCCCGUUUCCCGGUGACGGGUCUGGUGGAGGGGCGCACCUACUCCUUCCGCGUGCGCGCCAUCAACCACUUCGGCAUCAGCCACCCGUCCCGAACCUCCGAGCCCGUGCUCGCCAUGGACCCGUCCGACCGCGCCCGCCGGGGUCAUCCCUUGGCCCCGUGGACCGCGCAGAUCAUUGUGACUGAGGAGGAGCCUGCAGCUGGCGUCGUCCCGGGCAAACCCAGUGACCUGGCGGUUACCGAGGCGACCAAGAGCUACGUGGUGCUGAGCUGGAACCCGCCCGGCCAGCGAGGUCACGAGGGCCUCAUGUACUAUGUGGAGAAGCUGAUCUCGGGCACGGAGACGUGGCAGAGGGUGAACACGGAGAUGCCGGUUCGGUCGCCGCGGUUCGCGCUCUUCGACCUCGCCGAGGGGAACAGCUACAGCUUCCGCGUCCGCUGCGUCAACUCCGCCGGCGUGGGCGAGCCGUCCGACGCCACGGCCGAGAUCACCGUCGGCGACAAGCUGGACCUGCCCCAGGCCCCCUCUCACGUGGUCCCCAUCCGUCUGACGGACUCGGCGAUGGUGGUGACCUGGAGCUCCACGCAGGAGACGGAGGAGUUCCUGGGGUACUACAUCGACUACAGCGUGGUGGGAUCCAGCGUGUGGACCCCCUGCAACAACAACCCUGUCAAAGGCAACAGGUUUGUGUGCCACGGGCUGAACGCCGGAGACACCUGCGUGUUCAGGGUGAAGGCCGUCAACGUGGCGGGAUACAGCCUGAACUCCGAGGAGUCUGAGAAAGCGCUCAUCAAGGCUGCCAUCUUGAUCGCAGACCCCCCCCACGGUAUCAGGGUGCAGGAGAGUGUUCGCGAUUACAAAGUUCUGACCUGGGAGGAGUCCACGCUCGAUGGCGGAGCCGAGGUCACCGGCUACUUCCUGGACUACCGUACGGUCACCGGCGGGGUCAAGGGUCAAUGGCACGAGCUCAACACCAAGGCCAUCAAGGAGCGCUCCUACAAAGCAGAGAACCUGAAGGAGAACGUGUUCUACGAGUUCAGCGUGCGCGCCAUCAACCAGGCGGGAGUCAGCGAGUCCUCCCUGGCCUGCCCUCCCACCGAAUGCAAGGAGUUUACCAUCACCGUUCCAGGAACCCCCCACAGCUUGCAUGUGCAGGAGGUGCGUAGCGACUCCCUGGUGUUGCUAUGGGAACCGCCGGUGUACCAGGGCCGCACCGCGGUCACCGGGUUCUACGUGGACAUCAGGGAGGCGGAGUCUUCCGAGGAGGCGUGGCAAGGAGUCAACGAGAAGGCCACCACCAAGAAGUACCUGAAGGUCGAGGGUCUGAAGGAGGGCGUGUCCUAUGUGAUGCGGGUCUGUGCUCAGAACCUGGCUGGAGUGGGAGAGCCUGCAGAACUCUCAGACUCAGUGCUGGCCCUGACCCGCCCAGGGACCCACGAGAUCUACGUGGACGUGGACGAUGACGGCGUGAUCUCCAUGAUCUUCGAGUGUUCCGAAAUGUCAGCCGAAUCGCAGUUCGUCUGGUCCAAGAACUACGUGGAGUCCGUCGACGCCUCCCGCCUCAAGAUUGAGACCUCAGGGGGCAGGUCACGGGCCAUCUUCACCGACCCCUCCCUGGAGGAUCUGGCCAUUUACUCCUGUGUGGUCACAAACACUGAUGGGGUCUCCUCCAGCUACACACUCACAGAGGAGGGACUGAAACGCCUGCUGGACAUCAGCCAUGACCACAAGUUCCCCACCAUCCCCUUCACCUCUGAGCUGGCCGUGGAGCUGCAGGAGAAGGGCCGCGUGCGCUUCUGGAUGCAGAUGGAGAAGUUCACCCCCAACUGUGAGGUGGAGUACGUGUUCAACAACAACAUCAUCGCCCAGGGAGAGAAAUACACCAUGAACUUCGAUAAGAAGACAGGCAUCAUCGAGAUGUUCAUGGACUCGCUGGAGGUCCAGGAUGAGGGAACCUUCACCUUCCAAAUGGUGGAUGGGAAGGCCACCGGCUGCUCCAGCGUGGUGCUGAUUGGAGAUGAAUUCAGAGAGAUGCAGAAGAAGUCUGAGUUUGAGAGGAAGGAGUGGGUCAGGAAGCAAGGUCCUCACUUUGUGGAGUACCUGAGUUUCGAGGUCACAGCAGAAUGUAACGUUCUCUUGAAAGCCAAGGUGGGCAACCUGUCCAGAGAGACCGACAUCACCUGGUACAAGGACGGCCUGGAGGUGGAGGAGCAAGAUAACCUGUCUUUCACAGACGGCAUCCUGGCCCUCAACAUCGCCAAGUGCGGCUUUAAGAGAACGGCAGGCUCAGAUUCAGAAUCCGACGACGCAGAUCUUUUCCCCAAGGAGGAGAACAUCGAAACGGAAGCCAAAAUCAGUAAGAAGGAUGCCGGCAUUUAUGAAGUCCAGCUGAAGGACUCCAGGGGCAAAGAUAAGAGCACCUUGGACCUGACAGACAAAGGAUUCCAGGAACUGAUGAAUGAAGUCUUCAGAGUUAUUGCAAACUCUGCCACUGAGCUGAGUGUGACAAGCACUGAGGAGGGCAUCAUACUGCACACCACGGUGGUGUACUACCUGGAGGAUCUGCGCGUGGGCUGGCUGUACAAAGAUGCAAAGAUCACUCAGUCCAAACAUCUGGAGGCUGGCAUCACAGGGGAGGAGCUCUGGCUGAAGAUAAACGAACCCACAGAGAAGGACAAAGGCAAAUACGCCAUCGACAUCUUCGACGGGAAGGCUGGGGUGCGGAGGGUUUACGAACUGGCCGGACAAGCGUGGGAGGAGGCUUUCGCUGAGUUCCAGAGGCUGAAGGCUGCUGCCAUAGCAGAGAGGAACCGCGCUCGUGUUGUGGGAGGCCUGCCAGACGUGGUCACCAUCCAGGAGGGCAAGUCUCUCAACCUCACCGGAAACGUCUGGGGAGACCCCGCCCCCCAGGUGCAGUGGCUGAAGAACCAGGUGGACAUCUCGGCGGACGACCGCUACGUCCUGAAGUUCGAGGCGGGAAAGUUCGCCAGCAUCACCAUCCCGUCGGUGACCCCGCCCGACUCCGGCAAGUACAGCCUGGUGGUGACCAACAAGUACGGCACGGAGAGCGGCAACUUCACCGUCAGCGUCUACAUCCCCGAGGCUGAGGAGGAGGAAGGAGAGCAGGACGAGAAGGACAAGAAAGAGAAAGACAAGGACACGGAAAAAGACAAGAAAGUCAAGAAGUAGGGAAGGGAAGGGAAUUUUUCGGGAGAGGUUAGGAGGGUGAGGGGGGGUAAAUAAUUAAGUAGUUAAAAGAAGUUACUAAUGAAUUUUUGCCAGGGCGAUUUACAAAUGCC